GGUGCUGACAGUGGGAACAGUGGCAGCGGACAGUGGGAGCUGAUAGAUGUGGAAGGGGUGGACUGGGGUCUUGGAGAUGAUGCCCUGGAGGUUCUAGGCUUGCAUGGAUUGGUGGAUGGCGAUGAUUUGGAUGAUGACGAAGAUGGAGAUUAUGAAGGAGAGGAAUUGGCUGCGGAUGCAGGAGACAGCAUCCACAGCGGGGAGGAGAGCACCGAUGAUGGCACCAUUGUGGGAGACGGAGAGUUGCACUGUACGGGCCCUGGGUACCUUCUGCCACAAUACCGGGCCUACCCGGCAACCUCCAGUUCAAACCACCAUCAGGUGUCGGAUGCGCUGUGCUGCAAGGGUGGAUGCUGCCGCCAGGAGGGUGGUGAGGAGGUUGUUAUGUACACCCACGGCAGGAUGAGGGUGGCAAGGCUGCCUGAAAAGUCAGGCCAGGACCUUCAGACACUUGCGGAGGUGGACCUGGAGACCAGGCCGCAUUCGGUGGACAGGACCCCAGAUGGCAGAUCGAUCGCUGUUGGAGGCCAAAGUGGUAUCAUCACCAUCUUUGACGUUGAAGAUGACAAGAAAGCCAGCUCAUCAUCCCCUGACGAAAUUUCACGGGUUUUGGACCCCAGGGUCCAAAACUCGGGGCUCGUGCUGCGGCACAAGGCAGUGUUCAUGUUGAAUCCUGGCAACAUGGUCAACAGUCUGCGUUACGGAAUUGUGGCGGGCAGGCAGCGCCUGGUGGCAGCCACACAGGAUGGCCACGUCCUGCUGUUUGAGGACGGGUCCACAGGCAAUAAAAGGCCCUUCCUGUGCACCUCCCCCUUUGGGUGUGACUACACUGCCGAGGUCACCGAAGUCUCCAUGAUGGGCCUGGUGGCAGGAGAUGACGUUGCCAGCCAGGACUUGCGCACGGCUGCCCUGGGCCCCUUCCCUCAUGCCGUGAACUUUGCUGUGCCCUCCCCUGAUGGCAGCUUGCUGGCGCUGUGCAUGGACGCCAAGGAGCUGUACCUCCUGGCGGCAAAGGACUGGUACUCUGUGAAGCAGAAAACUGUCCUCAGUUUUGCCCACAUCGCUGGCAAGGAUGCUCGGGUGCUGCACGCUAGCCAGGCUGGAAGCCAGUACUGCGCCUUCAGCCCUUCGUCCAAGUACCUGGCUGCCACGAGCGACCUGACCUUCUCAGCCAUCGUGUGGGACCUCUCGUCUGGGGACCUGCUUUUCCAUGUUGGCACAAACCGCCCUUCGUUGGCCAUCAGCUUCGCAGCAUCCCACGAGGAGUUGCUGCUCUUUGCUGAGAGCCACAGGAGGCUGCACGUCGUGGACAUCAGGUAUCCUGAGGAACCCCAUCAGGUCGUGACAGUGGCCCCUGCGGCUCCAGGUGUUUCAGCGGACCAGGAUGUGCAGGAGUCAGCCAAGGACAGCCCUAGAAUCACAGGCCUCUCUGUAAGGGAGGAUGACUGUGUGUUCUUCUCCACUGUGGAUUGCCUUUACAAGUACCAUCUGCUGCCCCCUGCCUGGUCACGGUCCUCCCACCGUCACUUGCCCUCCAACUUCAAGGCUGUCGUGAAGCUCAUGCUGUUGGCCGCCUCCAAGGAUAAAGGCAGCCGCCUUUGGUCCAUGCCUUGGGGCGCCCUAGAGAAAGUGAUUGCCAUGGCCGCAAUGCCCAUCAUGGAGUGGACGGGUUGCGGGCCAAGCGAUAGCAGGAAGAAGCCAGAGGGAGUGGGAGAGGGAGAUGCCAGUGGGAGUGAGAAGUCGCCAAAGAUCUCAUAG